GCCGCGCCUGCGCGUUGUGUUGUUCGGGAAGAGGCGGGCGCUGGCGUCCCCGCAGCGGAACUUCUGAGGGACGUCGCCGGACCUUGUUGGCCAAGGUGGGGAGGAUCCCUGCUCUGGCCGCUAGGAAGCCAGCCCUGCUCUGGUUUGCUGAGCCCCAAGGAGGCCUGGCCAGCCGUCCCAGGAGGAAUAGAAUGUCGACCAGGUAGUGAUGAUCUUCAAAAUGAAGGCUCUGGAAAAUUUUGGGUUCUCUAUAGGAACUACAAAAAUUGAAGGAAAGAAAACUUUUAAAAUGAGAUUGUUUUGAAAGUAUGUUUACAACUAACUGAUACUGUUGCCAGUUUUUUAAGGGAAUAAAACCCUUGAAGAAGGUUGUAUUUAUGGUGAGAGGGAACUGGACCCACCAUGAGGCCGAAGACUUUUCCCGCCACCACUUACUCUGGAAAUAGCCGGCAGCGCCUGCAGGAGAUCCGCGAGGGGCUGAAGCAGCCACCCAAGUUUCCCACUCAGGGCCCACCCGUGGGACCAAAUGACUCCUCCCUGGGGGGCAAGGAUGCUACGCGACCGCAGCAGCUGAGAGCCGCCCCGAAGUUCGGGCCGUACCAGAAAGCCCUGAGGGAGAUCCGGUACUCCCUGCUGCCCUUCGCCAACGAGUCGGGCACGCAGGCCGCGGCCGAAGUGAACCGGCAGAUGCUGCAGGAGCUGGUGAGCGCAGGCUGCGACCAGGAGAUGGCUGGCCGAGCGCUCAAGCAGACGGGCAGCAGGAGCAUUGAGGCCGCGCUGGACUACAUCAGCAAGAUGGGCUACCUGGACCCCAGGAAUGAGCAGAUCGUGCGUGUCAUCAAGCAGACCUCCCCAGGAAAGGGCCUCGCGCCCACCUCUGUGCCGCGGAGGCCCAGCUUCGAGGGAGCAGGCGACCCUUUCCCCCGCUACCAUCAGAUGAGCGGCGCCUAUGACGGCUGCGGCGCGCUGGAGGAGGUGCCCCGGCAGUACGUGGACUUCCUCUUCGCUGGGGCCAGCCCCCACGGCGCGCCGGGCGGCCCCCAGCAUCAGCCCAAAGGCUAUUCCUCGAACAUGGAGGUGACAGGGCUGACUUUCCCGGGGGCCGGGCCCGGGGGCCAGGGCCUCCCGCUGCAGGCCCCGCACUACAGGCCGCACCUGCUGGUGUCCGGGGAGCCCCUGGGCUACAGCGUCCAGCGCAGCCCCUCCUUCCAGAACAAGGCGCCGCCAGACGCGGGUGGGUACGCCAACCUAGCUGCCAAGGGCCCGUCCGGGCAGCCCGGGGUCGGCCACGCGUUUCAGCCCGCGGGAGCCGCGGCAGGGCUGUACGUGCCGCACCCGCACCACAAACAGGCCCCCCAGGCGCACGUGAUGGGCCCCCCGCAGAGCCUGCUGGCGCCCUCCAGGAACAGCCUCAGUGCGGACCUGUACGAGGCGGGCAGCACGCCGGUGCAGCCCUGGCCAGCGCCCGGCCUGGCCCGCCGAGACUCUCUGCAGAAGCCGGGCCUGGAGGCGCCGACGCGCCCGCACGUGGCCUUCCUGCCGGAGGGCCCGGUGCCCAGCAGAACCAGCUCCUUUAACAGCCACCAGCAGCAAGUGGCGGUGGCGUCCCCCAACACCAUCACGGCUGUCACGGCCGCGCACAUCCUGCACCCGGUGAAGAGUGUGCGCGUGCUCAGGCCCGAGCCCCAGACUGCCGUGGGGCCCUCCCACCCAGCCUGGGUGCCGCCGCCCGCCCCCAGCCCGGAGGGGCCCGAGUCCGCCGACGAGCACCCCCCACCCUUAGGAGGCGCUGGCACCUUCCCACGGGACGUGGACGUGAGGUGCCCGCCCCCACCGUACCCCAAGCACCUGCUGUUGCGGAGCGCAGCCGAGCAGGUGGACGUGGACAGCCUAUGCACCGAGGUGGAGCAGCGGCUGCGGGGUGCACAGGCCGAGACCCCGGACCCGGCCGACCGGGGCCCCAAAGGCGCCAAGGCCGACCGAGCCGGGAAGGAUAAGAAGCAGAUUCAGACGUCUCCCGUCCCGGUCCGCAAACACAGCAGAGACGAGGAGAAAAGGGAGUCUCGGAUCAAGAGCUACUCGCCCUACGCGUUCAAGUUCUUCAUGGAGCAGCACGUGGAGAAUGUCAUCAAGACCUACCAGCAGAAGGUCAACCGCAGGCUGCAGCUGGAGCAGGAGAUGGCCAGAGCGGGGCUCUGCGAGGCCGAGCAGGAGCAGAUGCGGAAGAUCCUCUACCAGAAGGAGUCCAACUACAACAGGCUGAAGAGGGCCAAGAUGGACAAGUCCAUGUUUGUGAAAAUCAAAACCCUGGGCAUCGGCGCCUUUGGGGAGGUGUGCCUGGCGUGCAAGGUGGACACUCAUGCCCUGUACGCCAUGAAGACCCUGAGGAAAAAGGACGUCCUGAACCGGAACCAGGUGGCACACGUCAAGGCCGAGCGGGACAUCCUGGCCGAGGCGGACAACGAGUGGGUGGUGAAGCUGUACUACUCCUUCCAGGACAAGGACAGCCUGUACUUCGUGAUGGACUACAUCCCGGGCGGAGACAUGAUGAGCCUGCUGAUCCGCAUGGAGGUGUUCCCCGAGCACCUGGCCCGCUUCUACGUGGCCGAGCUGACCUUGGCCAUCGAGAGCGUCCACAAGAUGGGCUUCAUCCACCGGGACAUCAAGCCGGACAACAUUUUGAUAGAUCUUGAUGGUCACAUCAAACUGACAGACUUUGGCCUCUGCACUGGCUUCAGGUGGACCCACAACUCCAAGUACUACCAGAAAGGGAGCCACAUCAGGCAGGACAGCAUGGAGCCCAGUGACCUCUGGGAUGACGUGUCGAAUUGUCGGUGUGGAGACAGGCUGAAGACCCUGGAGCAGAGAGCCAGGAAGCAGCACCAGAGGUGCCUGGCCCACUCCCUGGUCGGGACCCCAAAUUACAUCGCACCGGAAGUGCUGCUCCGGAAAGGGUACACUCAGCUCUGCGACUGGUGGAGCGUCGGCGUGAUUCUCUUCGAGAUGCUCGUGGGGCAGCCCCCCUUCUUGGCCCCCACCCCCACGGAGACCCAGCUGAAGGUGAUAAACUGGGAGAACACGCUGCACAUCCCAGCCCAGGCCCAGCUGAGCGCCGAGGCCCGGGACCUCAUCACCAAACUGUGCUGCGCCGCAGACCAGCGCCUGGGCAGGAACGGCGCCGAUGACCUGAAGGCCCACCCGUUCUUCUCCGCUAUGGAUUUCUCCAGUGACAUCCGGAGGCAGCCCGCCCCCUAUGUUCCCCAAAUCAGCCACCCCAUGGACACCUCAAACUUCGACCCCGUAGAUGAAGAAAGCCCUUGGGGCGAUGCCAGUGAGGACAGCAGCAGGGCCUGGGACACACUCACCUCCCCAAACAACAGGCAUCCUGAGCACGCCUUCUACGAGUUCACCUUCCGCAGGUUCUUUGACGACAACGGCUACCCCUUCCGGCGCCCAAAGCCUUCAGGGCCCGAGGCUCCGCGGGCCGGCACCCCUGCGCUGGAAAGCGCUGACCUGGUGGGUCAGGCUGAAGGCUACCAGCCAGUGUACGUGUAGGCAGCAACCGGCCCUCACCCGCUGCCUCGGGCCUGGGGUGCCGUAGCUGCUCCGUCACAGGCCUGAGGGAAAGUUCAGGUGGGCUCUGUGUUCAGUUCCACCAAUGAUUAAUUCACUUGAAAUUCUCGUCUUCACCAAAACUACACCAAACAAACAAAAACGCUUUUUAAAAAAGGACUCAAGUCUAGCAUAUCUUCAUUUCUAGAUUCUGGUUGAGUGGGAUGGGUGUCGACGUUGCUCUGAACUAGCUUUUGAGGAACAUCCUGCAUUAAAACAUUAUUUCUAAAAAUUUAGUACAGUUUAAAAAGAGCACUUAUUUUGUUUAUAGCCAUUUUUCCUACUAAAUUAUAGGGAUUAACUUUGACAAAUCUUGCUGCUGUUAUUUUAUACCUUUGUAUUUUGUCCACAGCACUUACUCACAUUUAGGAAAAGACAGUACAACUGAAGAACAUGUGAUAAGAAAUCUCUGUGCAAUAACAUAAGAAGAAAGAUAACACUGUUCUGAUGUUACUGAUACCAUUUUAUUCACACAAUGUUUUUUGUUUCAUAUUUUCCCCACAUUUCAAAAUUGUGAUAUAAUGUUAAAAGCUGCUUUUUUUUUUUUUUUUUUUUGCUUUUUGCAUAUUAUAGUAUCAUAGAAAGUGUGAGCAAGGUGACUGGGUGUGAUUUCCGAUAUCUGGUGUGUACAGAGGACCGCAUGAGCAGGGUUUUCUAUUAUAAAAUGACCAUAUCUUGCCAUUCACAGCAGGUUCUGUGAAGACAUUUUUACCGAGAAUCUAUAAAAGAGACGCUCUAGACAGUGCGCGAUGACGUGUCGUGUGGGUGAUUUGGCUGUGACUGUGCCCUGACUGUUCUGUUGGAGAGAUGUCAGUGUGUAACUGACAAGACUUUCUGUGUGUGUCUUGGGUAUGAUUGGGUUCUAUUGGGGGUAAACGUAAACAUUUGUCAUAUACUAAACUUGUGUACAUCAAAAGGGAUUAAGUUAGCUAUGCCAAAAAGUUCUAAGUUAAUCGUGGAACUCUGUCCAUGUCACUGGGCAGUCUGCUCUCUUGUUCCUGGAGUAGCUGACGUGUGGAAUCUAAUACGCCACCGUGCUGCCAACAGAAGGCCACUGAGAGGCCUGACCCAGGCCAUGCUUGUCUGAGGCAGCGGCGGUGUGACGGGCUGGAGUUCAGUAACCGAGGCAGGCGCCCUCUCACAUUUUGUUUUCGGUGUGCUUUGAAGUAUCAAUCUUAACUUGGUUCUAAAAAUACAUGUUUCUCGUCUUUGUAAAACAGCAAGGAUUACUCAAAGUGACAUUGAAAUACAAAAAAAUUAAGCCAUACAUAUUUUCUUAGAAGUGUAGAUGUAUAUAUAACUACAUAGCUAAACAUACAAAAUAUUCCUUAUUUCAAAUUAGUAUGAUUCCUAUUUAAAGUGAUUUAUAUUUGAGUAAAAAGUUCAAUUUUUUUUUUUGCUUUUUAAAAACCUGACGCAUCGUGUUUUUCAUUAUAUUAUUCCACGUAUUUUUCCUUGAAGUUUUUAGCAUAAUGUAUUCAUUAUUUAGUAUAUAUCUAGGCAGCAACACUUAAGCGUUUAUCAAUGUCUAAACUAAAAACAAAAAAUGAUUCCCGUGUACUGGUUUACAUUGUGUAUGAAUGGCUGAUUCUGAAGUCUGCUGUGCUUGUAUCGUGACUGUCAGUAUUUUCGCUAUUUUUCAGUAAUGCCAUAUUGUUAUUUACAGCGCUCUGACACACUUUUAUGUGGUAGGUUCUUUCUCAGGAACUCAAUUUAACUAUUAUUUAUUGAUAUAUCAUUGCCUUUGAAGAGCUUCUACUGGCACAAUUUAUUAUUAAAAUUUUGAAUCCAAA